AUGAGCUUUAAUUAAGUUUUAAAAUGUUGCUAUUCUUUUUUACAUAAAUAAAUUCAAGAGUUUUUUGUCGGGAAAUAUAUUUUGAGACUUAUUCAAGAUUUUUAAAGUGCUUUUUAAAAUAGAUCAGUUGAAGAAAAUAUUGAAACGAGUUCAUUUAAUUAAAAUGAUUUUAAUUUAUCACUUUCUAAUUUUUAUGGAGAAUUAAAUAUGAUAAAAGUGGAUUUAUAGAAUUAUGAUAAUAUUAAGGAAACUUUGAUAAACUUAUCAAAGCUUUGA